AAGAAAAGGAGAAGGGAAAGAUGGUGAGGAGAAGGGGAGGAAUGGUGGUGGUGAAGGUGAAACUGGUGGUGCCCUCUUACCAGACAUAAAUUCAUUUCCCCUACGAACUCCAUUAUCUCUCUCUCUCUCCUAUUCAACACUCCGUCUACUCCUAAGACUUGAGAGGGUGGGAAGAACAGCAUCUUCCUUGUCUUUCAUGCUUCCCUUAUGCUUCCUUUUAUUAUUGCCAUCCUUCAUUCCCAAUCUUCUUCACGUUGCUCCAUAAACACACCCACCACCACCACCACCUUCUUUUUUUAACUUCCCUUUUGCUUUUUUUCUUCUUCAUCUUCUCCAUACCCUUCUUCUAUCAAUCGAUUCCUUCUUUGUUUCCCCCCCUAUGGCUGUUCAGGCUCAAUAUCCUUCUAAUGUUUUGCUCUUAAACAGAAACGGUCAAGAAGGGCAUGAUUAUCCAUUACAGCCACAACCAGGAGGUUUUCUUGACCAGACUCAUAUGGUGUUUAACAACAGUAUGGGCGGAAACAAUUCUCGCAAAAGAGGAAGAGAAAUUUCAACUGCCAUUACGUCCAUCGCGGCUCCGAUCAAUCUCGCUGCGGUACAGCAACCUCGUCCUCCUCUUCUUGUUGACCUCGCCAAACUCCACAACCACCAAAACAAUGUCGUCUCCACUGGCCUCCGCCUGUCCUCCGGCGAACAUCAACUGAAUCAACCGCCGCAACAGCAACAUCAACAACAACAACAACAACAGCAACAGCAACAUCAUCAACAACAGCAACAUCAACAUAAUCACAAUCUCGUCCCUCAAUCAUCAUCGGCUUUCUUCUCGCUAUUAUCAGACGAUUUCGCCUCCAAUUUCAAACGGCAACAAGACGAAAUAGAUCAAUUCCUUCAAGCACAGGAAGAGCAACUCCGGCGCACAUUAGCAGAGAAAAGACAGAGACACUACCGUGCGCUUCUGGAUGCGGUGGAGAAAUCGGUAUUCAGAAGAUUAAGAGAGAGGGAGGCAGAUGUGGAAAAGGCAACUCGUCGAAACGCCGAGUUAGAAGCACGAGCCGCCCAGCUUAGCAUCGAGGCACAAGUCUGGCAAGCCAAAGCUAGGGCACAAGAAGCCACCGCCGUAUCUUUGCAGGCACAACUACAACGAGCGAUGUCCAGCGGCGGCGGAGGUGGAGGCGGAGGCGACGGAGGAGAUGGCGGCACCGCCGAUGAUGCCGAGUCGGCUCACAUUGACCCGGACCGAGUCGCCAUUUUGGGACCGAGUUGCAGAGAGUGUAGAAAGCGCUUGGCGUCGGUGGUGCUUUUGCCGUGCCGUCAUCUCUGCCUCUGUACAGACUGUGAUCGAGUGGCUCAGACUUGCCCGUUGUGCCACAUUCAGCGAAGCUCCAGCGUAGAGGUCUUUCUCUCGUAGGGCCCAAUCCCACGGCCCAAUGCGGGUUACGCCCAUAAACCGGCCCAGACAGUUCAAUUGGCGGUUUUUUCCCUUCUUUUUUCCUUAAAAUUUUAAAAAAAGUAUUUAAGUAAUAAAAGAAUUACAUUACCUUUUUUUCAUUAUUAUUUUUCGAAAUAUUCUGAUAGACCAUCCGAAACUUUUUUUUUUUCUUUUUUUUCUUUUUUCUUUUUUGGAAUGGCCGUGGAGGUAAUGUAAAUUGGCCACAUUGCGGAUU